AUGGCUAGAGUUCCAAGAAAGAAGGUCCAGCUAGCCUAUAUAACCGAUGAGAGAGCUCGAAAGGCCACCUUUAAAAGGAGAAAGCAGAGCUUAAUGAAAAAGGCUAGUGAACUGAGCACUCUCUGUGGGAUUGAUGCCUGCGCAAUUAUCUAUAAUCCCUAUGAAGAACAGCAUGAGGUUUGGCCCUCCAAUGAAGAAAUCCAACCCAUAUUGUCUCGGUUCCACAACCUGUCGGAGAUGGAAAAGGGCAAAAACAAGGUGGAUGAUGUGAGGUUCGUUCAGCUGAGGAUCGACAAGGCAAAAAAUCAACUGCAGAAACUGUGUAAGGUUGUUAGGGAGCAGGAGAUAAUCAAUGUCAUGUUUGAAAGCCUGGUGUGGCCUGGAACGGUCCAGAAUCUGAAUUUGGUGGAUCUUAAUGACCUUGGAUUGAUCAUUCAACAACGUUUGAAGCAGAUUAACCAUGUUUUGGGGUCUCUAGACAAUUAA